AUGGAGCCUCGGAUCGAUGAGGAGCUAGAGAUCUUACACCUCGGUCCGCUUCAGAGGUCAUUGUUGAUGCGACAACCAUAUCAUCGAUCAGAGGCCAUUUGGAAUGGCGAGGACUCGGGCCCACUUACGUGUCGUGGUCACACUAAGGAGAUGGCAAACGUUCAGAUGCAAGAUGAUCGAGUGAUUGACAUUAUCAAAUUGCUAAGGAUGGAAGGAUUGUUUAGAGCCCCUUCUAGAGAGAUAGAUCAUUGCCUAAUAUCGGCCCUAGUUGAGCGAUGGCGGCCGGAGACUCAUACGUUUCAUCUUCCACAUGGUGAGAUGUCAAUCACCCUACAAGAUGUGGUGGUAAUUUUCGGACUUCCUAUAGACGGUGAGGUUUUGGUUGGGCCGACUGUUGUGGUGGAUGGGGAUUGGAGUCAACUGUGUAGGGACUUGCUUGGUUUUACUCCGCCGAAUGACAAUAAAACUUUGGUGGGGCAAAGAAUUCUCAUCAGCUGACUUGUUGAGGCCAUUGCAGCACCACUGCCUCAUGACGCAAUGGAGAUGUAGAUACACCAGUAUGCCCGGUGCUAUAUUUUGCGCUAGUAGGGGAUAAACUUUUCAUGGACAAGUCAGGAGAUCGGGUGCAUCUAAUGUUCUUGGACUUCAUGCGCAACCUUUGUGAUACGCCACAGUAUAGUUGGGGUAGUGGUUGCCUGGCCUGGUUGUACAGAGAGUUGUGUCGGGCAAGCGAGAAAGGGGCAUCACAGAUUGGUGGGGCGUGCACCUUGGUCCAAUAUUGGGCAAGGGCAAGGUUGCCAUUCUUGUGCCUGAGGAUAGAGCCCCCACCUGGAUGUGAUUAUGGCCCAUGGCCAUAUGCUCCACUUGCAUUUAAAUGGGUGCGGGUGCCAAGCUCGAAGAGUAGGCCAUCCAACACGGCCUUGAUCCAUUAUCGUGAGCAAUUAGUUACAAUGCAACCAGACCAAAUUGUGUGGCAGCCAUACGAGGCAGACUUCGGCCACCUUCCUGAGUUCUGCGUUGCAGGGAGGGAUACGUGGACAGCAAGGGUGCCACUUGUGUGUUUUUGCAUAGUAGAGAGACACCACCCGGACCGUGUCCUUCGACAGUUUGGCUGGGCGCAAGAGCGGCCUGACGAUGUUGUCUACGAUGAUAGAUUGCAUAAAAUAGACUUACAUGGGAAGGUGGAAAAGAAUUGGAGGGAGGAGCAUGGACCGUAUAUCAUUUCAUGGGAAAUGAGACGACAACAAGUUUGUCAUGCACCUCCUCAGAUUGGUGAGAUGCCCCGUAAUCAUGCUUAUUACCUAUGGUACCGUCCGGUCACUCGAAAGUAUGUCGACCGCAAAAGCGCUAAAUUAGAUAUAAUGAUUCAAAGCCAUUUAGUGCUGUUGGAGAUGCUUCCUAAAGGCAGCCAAGCUCACAACCAUGUCUGACGUGUCCUAAAUAUUGUGGCUGGCCUUGGUGGUGGUCCUGCAGCAAAUGGGCAGGCAAACAAUAGGCAUGAGAUUGAACUAGCAGCUACUGCAACCCCAAGCACAAGCGCAGCACCCGUAAGUACACCGACCCGUAGUCAGCGUGCUACUGCAAGCCCAAGCAGAAGCGCAGCUAGGGGUCGUGGUCGGCCUGCUACAGCAAGCCCAAGCACAAGUGUAGUCAGGGGCCGUGGUCGGCGUGCAACAACCCCUUGGGUUAUAACUAGUCCUGAGAUGCCUCCACCCAUCCCACACGCAUCUCCUCAGCCUGAGGUCCCUCCACCCAUCCCAGAUGCAUCUCCUUAACCCGAGGUCCCUUCACCCAGCCCACCUUUGCAGCCCAAUUUUGAUGUCAGUAUUGAUCAAAAUUUGACCCCUCCUAUACUCCCCAAGACACCCUCAUACCCACCCACCAGCUCUACUGCACCCACUCCUGGCCUCUACAUAGAGCAUCAUUACCCACCUACUGCAUCCUUAUCUGACCCUCUAGGACCUCCGGUUGGGAUUGACACUCUACAGCCACAUAUUGAUGUACCGGACGAGCAUCCCCCCAUCAGCCCUCACCCCCACGAGGUAGACCGCAACGCACUAGAAGAGCACCCACUUGUGGGACAGGUGGACACAAAAUAAGACACCGAGGCAGCUCUAUGCACGAUGAUGAGCCCAAGGAUAAUGCCCCGCAGCCUCCUCCCUCGCGCAAACAUUACACGAGGGCUAAAAAACACAAAAUUGGUGAACCUUGAGUAAGUGCUAAAGUCAUG